UACGCGCACUUACAACGGAAAUAGAACCUAGGUAAAUUUCCUGAGUCAUGGUGAUGUUUAUUUCAGUCCAAUUUACCGCUUAGUGAGUUGAGCUAGCUAUCUUUCAUGAUGGAGCAAACUGUUUCAAAUGUGGAAGUCUGUAAUUUAGCCUUCACUGGUGAAUUUGACAAAUUAAAGAAAUGUAUUUUAACGGAUAAAUCGCUCGCUUGCAAAACGGACCAGGACCAAAGAACCGCACUCCACUGGGCCUGCUCGGCUGGACACGUCAAGAUCGUUGAGUUUCUGUUGGAUUUGGGGGUGGAUGUCAACCUACAAGAUGAUGCCAGUUGGUCUCCCCUCCACAUCGCAGCAUCUGCAGGCAGGGAGGAGAUAGUGAAGUCACUGAUUAACAAAGGAGCUCAGCUGAACUCGGUCAACCAGAACGGCUGCACCCCUCUGCACUAUGCUGCCUCCAAGGACCGAUACGAGAUCGCCCUCCUGUUGCUUGAGAGUGGAGCGAACCCUAAUGUCACAGAUAAGCUGGAGUCUACUCCCCUACACAGAGCUUCAACCAAGGGCAACUGCCGUCUGAUCCAGCUGCUGCUCAAACAGCGCGCUUCUACCAACAUACAGGACUCGGAGGGAAACACUGCACUCCACCUGGCGUGUGACGAGGAGCGUGUGGAGGCAGCUAAACUCCUAGUGGAGAACGGAGCCAGCAUCUACAUAGAGAACAAGGAGGAGAAGACGCCACUACAGAUCUCUAAAGGAGGUCUGGCCACUCUGCUGCGGAGGAUCGUAGGAGGAAACGUCUGAUGCAUCUGACUACACACUGAAGCAGCGAGAAGAUCCAGUCGACAUGGUCUAAAUGGGCUUCCUCAUCUCACCUCUCCAUCCUUUCUUCUCAUCUCUCCUUCAUCUGCACUGAUUUGAGGAAACAGGAUAAACUCUUCCAUAUUGCUUUGACCUAUCCUCUAUAUUCCAGUCUGGGGGGGAGGGUACUUCCACCAGUCCAGUUACAGUUCAGUGGCGAUGAGGAGAGUGAGAGGAGGCCACUGGACUAUUGAGAUGCAGUCUGUAUGGCAGCAUUUUUGUUGGAGGAAAGAGCUUUUCUGACUGGACUGGAUGUAUCUGACUGACCAUGAUAAUAUCCUACAGCUACUUACCAGAGGAACCUAUGUUGUAUGAAACUGUUCUAGAAAUUCAACUUCUUAAACAUUGUUUUUUUUUUCAAAAGAUGUAAUAAGUUGGUGUCUUAACAACUUGAUUAAAUGAAUCACCUCCACUACAUAUGUUAAUAUCCAGGCCUAUUUAAAACAUGUUUCACUGUCUGGAUGUGUAAUGUGAUUUGGUAGUAAGUUCAUUGCAUUCAUUUGAUUCCAAUUAAAUUGAUCAUCUGUAACAAGUUACAUUAAAUUCCUAUUUUGGUUGUGAA